CGCAGCUCCGAGUCGGACUUCCGAAGUAAGCGUAGCCUGUACUUUGUUUACGUCCCGUUUGCUAGCUGACAGUUGUUGUCCUCACGCUAACAGCCGUGUCUGCCCGCCGGUCAUGGUUCCCUGCAGCUCGGUGAACUUUACCUGGAUGUGCAUGUGUUGAGGAUGUUUUGUUGAAUGAGGGGGACUCGUUAGAUGCCGCCAGGAGGAUGAGCUUCGUCAGCGGUCGGGUCCUUGCUAUCCCCGCCGCCUCUGUCACCAGUUCUGCAGCUUCAUCCUCUCGAGCCUUGCAUGUGGAGCUCACCUCCCAGCAGAGACGGUUGCGUCAUCUUCGGAGCAUUGCUGCAAGGAACAUCGUCAACAGGAAUGGUUCUCCGCUGCUGGACACCUACUUCACCCUUCACCUGUGUGUAGCAGAACGCAUUUCUAGAGAUUUUUACAAGAGUGAAGUCAUUCGAGACUCGUUGAACCCAACCUGGCGGAGCCUGGACUUUGGAAUGCUCCCAGACCUUCUGGACACAUCAGUUUCCUGCUUUGUUGUGCGGAUCUGGGGAGGACAGAAGGAACAGUAUCAGCUCCUCAUUGAGUGGAAGGUCAGCUUGGACGGGCUUCGCUACGCGGGACAGCAGAUUCGAUCCAGAAACCCAAAUGAGAUCAUAUUUGGACUUAAUGAUGGCUACUAUGCUGCUGACUUUGAUCAUAAGGAUCAGUCAGAGAGGAAAAGUCACUCCGAGCUUCAGGUGGACCAGAGUUCAGUCAGGAACUCCUACAGUGUUUUCUCUUUGCUUAGGCUUCACACAGCUCAGAGAGCCAUCAAACAGACCCAGGUGACUGUCCAGAGGAUCGGCAAGGAGAUCGAGGAGAAACUGAGGACGACAGCGGCCUGCACCGAGCGGAAGAAGGAGCGGGAGUGCAUGCAGCUGCAAAUAGCUGUCCUCCGCGAUGAGCUGCAGCGCCAGAGAAAGGUGCUGGCCAGGGAGAUGGACGUCCGACAGAAGGAGAGGCUGCAGCUGCACAAGAAAGAGGAAGUAUUCUCAGCUCAACACCAAAGUCUGAAGGAGGAGAGAGAGUCCUUAACCAAGCUGCAGAAGGAAUGCACCGGCAAGAGAGAGCAGUUCCUGAAGUCCAACGCCCAGCUCACCUUUCGCUGUCGCCAGCUCCUCUCUGAGCUCUCCUACAUCUACCCCAUUCAUGUGGUCAAUCAGUCAGAUUAUGUCAUCUGUGGAGUCAAGCUGCCAAACUCAGAUGAUUUUCAAGCUAGAGAUGACGGGAGCGUGGCGGUCGCCCUGGGUUACACGGCACACCUGGUCCUGAUGAUCUCGUGCUUCCUUCAGAUGCCUCUCCGAUAUCCAUUGAUCCACAAGGGCUCGCGCUCCUCCAUAAAGGACACCAUCACGGACAGGCUCACGGAGAAGGAGAGAGAAUUCCCUUUGUACUCAAGAGGAGAGCGCUUUCACUUUGAGUAUGGCGUCUACCUUCUCAACAAGAACAUUGCCCAGCUGAGAUAUCAGCAUGGUUUGACCACCCCGGACCUGCAGCAGACACUACCCAACCUGAAGAACUUCCUGGAACAUGGUCUGAUGGUGCGAUGCGACCGGCAUCACGUCUCCAGCUCCAUCCAGGUGCCCAUCAAGUCCCAGUUGGGCAUGUCCACUGACCUCGCCCACAGCAGCUCUCCAGACCCAGGCGUGAGGAAGAGGGCUAGCUCAGAGGCCGAAGCGCAGAUUAAAUAUAAUCUGUCUCCUAGCAGCAACAACGCCACAAUGGAUGAAGACCCAUCUCUUGUUGACCUGGCCCCACGCUCACCUGCACCCAAACAGCUGUCUUCCUCACUUGAUGCCAGCAUGGCAUCACAUAACCUGACCAUUACCACAAGGUCCAGCAAGGAUGGAGAUCAGGAGGAGAGGGAGGAGCAGGGAGGUGCAGCAGUGGAGGAGGAGAAACACCAACUGACUGACAAAGAGAUUGAAGCUAAUGAAGAGGGGCGGCCCCCCAUCAACACCGGUGCACCCAGCUCUUCUACAACUCUGGACGUCGAUGAGGUCCAGCACAUGAAUGGCUCCUUGGUACCAGGCCCACCAUCUGCUGGUCUGGUCCCAGAGCUGCUCUGCUCUGUAGAGCAGGCCGAGGAGAUCAUGGGCACUGAGGCCACGGGGUUGGGAUUAGCAGACGAGGCCCAGCUGGAGGACUACCGCUGCAUCCCCGUGGACCACGCUGUCGCCGUGGAGUGUGACGAACAGGUGCUGGGUGAGCUGGAUGUAGCUGGCUUCGAGGAGUUCUCCAAGCGUAUCUAUGCACUCAACGAGAAUACGUCCAGCUUCCGCCGGCCGCGCAAGAACUCUGACAAGUGAGACGCAGCACCUGUGGCCAGAGGGAGCGCCGGGAAAAGUUGCACAUUCAGGCUGGACACAUGGGAGGAGGGAGAUGAGUGGACAGGGACAAGGUGUGGUCCAUCUCAGCUUCAAGCACCACAGGAGCUGUUUCAGAUUAACCAAUUUGCACUUAAUGUAAACAUUUCCAUAGCAACCGUAUAAUUACAGAAGUCAGGGUGCAGGUUGUGGGAUGGCAGCGUUGGUUUUCUAAACGGCAGGUUUUACUCCACUCUUGGGUUUGAGCAUCACAGCGUCAGAGUUCAUGAGCAGGAAGAGGAGAGACUGUCAAUGUCUCAAACUGUCGUUCUUAGCCUUCAUCAUCUUCAUCCAAUAAGAGGAUGGCUUUAAUGACAUCACCCCAACAACCUCAGGGUUGUGAUUAGCGUCGCCGCCCUCCUGUUUCUGCCGCAGCAACAGAUUCCUUCUGCUAUCAGUGAGGGAGGCGGGAUCUCCUCACACACUCAGCCAGGUCCAUCAGGUCCAAACAUGAUGACCAUGAGCAUCAAGUUGGACCUCUCAACUGUUGUCAGGGAAACGGUGCAGUUGUCUGCGUUGUGCCCACUUUUUCCUCCUGUAUGAACUCUGAACAUUCAUGUCGCUGAAUUUUACUCAGCCAAACUUGUAACUUUGUUUUGAAAUGUCCCUCUCAGGCCUCCGUCUAACCGUGUCUACCCUGCUGUGUGUGAUUUAGUCCCAACGCUCUGUUCCGGAUCCCUUCCUGCACAGAUAUUCCCUUAUGGGUUAUGAAGCCUCAUGUUCUAGUCAUAUGGAUGUCAUUCAUGAAAACGUAGAUUUCAACCUGUUACUCAUUUGCUCUAGGGGUCGCGGGGUACCGACCCGUCGAACACGGCCCACUGCAGCUCCAGGUCCACUUCUGUGGUUCCUGACUGUUGGGAGGAAGAAGCUUGUUGGAUCAUUUCCAUGAACACAGAUCAUUAAGUGACCGUGUACAUAAAAUUUUGUAUGGAAGAUUCUUUUGGUUAAUAAAGACCAAUGGCAUAGGUGGAACCCCCACCCCCCUUAAA